CCGCAGCCGUCUGUCUACGAUUUACAGAUAUACAGGGAGGACUCGAAACCAGAUCCUGCUUCAGGCAGAGAGAACAACACGUCCACUUCUCUUCUGCCACUAACAUCCAUACACACUCAUACUCUGCUCGGAAACGAGCGGUGUGCCAAGUCGAGCGUUACUCAGACGUCUUUUUCUCGCUCCUACUCCUUCACUCGAGGGCAUUGAGGUGGUGAAAAAACUAGGGCGCUAUUAAUAGCUGGAUGCCGGGCCAAGCUGAUGGACUGCGCUGAAGUGAAACUCUUGUCCAACAUUAUUUAAAUCCUGUCUGUACAUCUAGUACUUCUAAAAAUAUAUUUUUUCUCUCUCUCUCUCUCUGAGCCUAAACUUGGGCUUCAGUGGAACACUUCUGACUCUGGUUUUGGGUGGAAACAGCCUGCGUUUUUGACGAUGCGUUUUUUUUUUUUCCCGGUUUGCUCACGUAAUUGCUUGCGUAUUAGCACUAAUUGGAGGUAGGAGGUUGUAGGAACUUACUGGGUAACCCCGCGAUGGAAUGGAGCGUAAGGGUUGCAGGAGCUGAGGAGAACUCCCUUCGUCUGCUGGAAGAGGUCCGGAGAGCUUAUUCCGUCUUGGCUCCACUCUCGGAUGUUUACAUACAGCGAGAGAGACCAGGACGUUCAGACUCCGCUCGGCUGCUCGAGCGUAUUUAGGUGAAGCCCGGCUUUUCUUGGAUCUUCCUGCUGUCUGGUUUGAUCGGUCGAUUUGAAGAUGCGGCGCUUUGCCAAGCUCAAAAAAACCUUCCCGUUUCUGGCACAUUUCCAUGUGUACAAAAAGCUGGGCAGCAGCAUGCAGAGUGAAGAAGGCACCGAGUGGCUCCUGGAGCUGCUGAUGGAGGUGCAGCUGCAGCAGUAUUUCCUGCGUAUCCGCGACGACCUGAACGUCACGCGUCUGUCGCACUUUGACUACGUGAAGAACGAAGACCUGGAGAAGAUCGGCAUGGGCCGGCCCGGACAGAGACGGCUGUGGGAGGCGGUGAAGAGGAAAAAAGCGAUGUGCAAGCGCAAGUCUUGGAUGAGUAAGGUUUUCAGUGCGAAGAGGCCAGACGGAGAUUUCCAGCCGCAGGCCACCAGCACUUUCCGGAAGCUUUCGAGCACUCCUCCGCCUGCAGACGGCCAGCAGCAGGCCCUCACCUGUCUGAUCAGCGAGAAGGAGCUGGUGCUGUGCGAGAAGCUCGGAGACGGAUCAUUCGGCGUGGUGAAGCGUGGAGAGUGGGUCACCCCAGGGGGUAAAGUGUUAAACGUAGCGGUGAAGUGUCUAAAGACGGACGUCCUGAACCAACCGGAUGCUCUGGACGACUUCAUUCGUGAGGUCAACGCCAUGCACUCCCUCGACCACCAGAACCUCAUCCGUCUCUACGGAGUCGUCCUCACACACCCCAUGAAGAUGGUGACGGAGCUGGCUCCUCUCUGCUCUUUGCUGGACCGCUUGCGUAAGACCCAGGGCCACUUCCUCAUCUCCACGCUGUGCCAGUACGCCAUCCAGAUAGCUAACGGCAUGGCCUACCUGGAGACCAGGCGCUUCAUCCACCGCGACCUAGCUGCGCGGAACAUCCUGCUGGCCUCGAACGAGCUCGUCAAGAUCGGAGACUUCGGCCUGAUGAGGGCGCUGCCCAACAACGACGAUCAUUACGUCAUGCAGGAGCAUCGCAAGGUCCCUUUUGCCUGGUGCGCCCCAGAGAGCUUAAAGACGCGCACGUUUUCCCAUGCAACGGACACGUGGAUGUUCGGGGUAACCCUGUGGGAGAUGUGCACCUACGGUCAGGAGCCGUGGCUCGGUCUCAACGGCAGCCAGAUCCUCCAUAAGAUCGACAAAGAGGGUGAAAGGCUGUCCAAGCCUGGGGACUGUCCCCAGGACAUCUAUAACGUCAUGCUGCAGUGCUGGGCGCCGAAACCCGACGACCGGCCCACAUUCGUGGCUCUCAGAGAGUUCCUGGUGGAGACCCUGCCGACCGAGAUGCGGGCGCUGCAGGACUUCGACGAGCCCGACAAGCUGCACAUCCAGAUCGACGACGUCAUCACCAUCAUCGAGGGCAGGGCGGAGAAUUAUUGGUGGCGAGGGCAGAACAAGCGCACGCUGAAGGUGGGUCAGUUCCCCAGGAACGCCGUCACCUCCGUAGCCGGAUUGUCGGCUCAUGACAUCAGCAGGCCACUUAAGAACAGCUUCAUCCACACGGGACACGGCGACUCCAACCCACACCGCUGCUGGGGCUUCCCGGAUCGGAUAGACGAUCUGUAUCUGGGGAACCCCAUGGACCCUCCGGAUGUCCUCGGACUCGAUCUGAACGCUCCCAGGCCCACGCAGCUUCCCGGGCGAGCCAAAAAGGAUCCGCCCCCUCGACCCCCUCAACCUGCUUUGCUCAUAAAGAAGCCGAACUACGACCCAGUCACAGAUGAUGAAGAUCUAACGUCUUCAGGCCUGAGGCGCCUUUCAUUAAAAAAGCCCAACACAAAGUGUCUGAAACUGAAGCCAUCAGCUUGGGUUCCAGCCACCAAGCUGAACGAUCGGUCCAUUUAUGGCCACCGAACCCCAGGAGGUGGUACGCCCACUGAGGUUUCUCUUAUAGACUUUGGAGAGGAAAUGUUUUCUACUACCCCCUCUCCUGUUAUGGGGUCUCAGGUCCUUAAUCUUGCCAGACUGGCCCUGGAGGCAGAAAACAUCUUGGACUGUACCCCACCCCAGAGUCCAUCCCGGACUCUGCCUCGCCCGCUUCACCCCACUCCGGUGGUAGACUGGGACUCGAGACCUCUUCCUCCUCCUCCAGCAUAUGACGACGUAGCACAGGACGAAGACGACAUCGAGGUAAGCUCGAUCAACAGUGCAGAGAUGAGAGUUCCCAAUGAACCCGGCUCUCCGUGUGCCCCCAGCACUCCCGCUAGUAGAGUAGAGGAUGAUCUCUUCCUCCCCAGCAACCAGAGCCGGUCUCGCACCUUCUCGCAGUCAGCUGAGAUCUUUCAGGAGCUUCAGCAGGAAUGCAUGAGGCGUCUGAAUGUCCCUGUAGGCUCAGUAAGUCCCGAUCCCUAUCGCCAGAUCUUUCUGUCCGCCUGUGAGGACAAGCCCCAGGUCCCCCCUCGAAUCCCGAUCCCACCCCGACCUCCAAAAGGCGACUGUUCCCGCUGGUCACGUGACCUGUCCCCGGCUUCCUGCUGUGAGGAUGAAAAGGAGCGUCCGCCACAGAUUCCUCCAAGGGAUCCUCUGUCUCAGUCGCUCUCUCGCACGCCUAGCCCCAUGAACCGUACCGCACACUACCUCUCAACCUCGCCAGGCAAGCUGAUGCCCACCACACAGAGCUUUGGCUCAGACCCCAAAUACGCUGCACCCAAAGUUAUCCAGGCUCAAGGCAAAGACAAAGAAGCUGCCAAAGGACCCUGCAUACUGCCGAUUGUCCGAGACGGCAAGAAAGUCAGCAACACGCACUACUACCUGCUGCCUGAGAGGCCCACAUACUUAGACCGCUUUGACAAGUUCUUCAAGGAAGCAGAAGAGGACGAGAGGAGGCCGGUUAACACGGCUACAGUCCGACCCAUGGUGCAACAGCAGGGGGAGACAAAAUCAAACUUGUCCUGCAAUAAUAACAGCAGCGUACCAGCCAGAGCAGCAGGCAUCAGGAACUCCUUAAGUCUGAACAAAGUCAGUACCGAAGGGUCGGGUUGCAGGGCGGAAGGAGCGACAAAUCCUGACAGAGUCAAACAGGUGCAGGAAGCGGUGCAUGGUGUGACGAUGGAGGAGUGUCAGAAGGCUCUGCAGAACCACAGCUGGAACGUGCAGAAAGCUGUGCAUUAUCUGAAGGUGGAGCAGCUCUUCUGUCUGGGUCUGAAGUCCAGAGUGGAGUGUCACAAGAUCCUGGAGAUGUGUGACUGGAACCUGGAGCUGGCCAGCACUCAGCUUUUAGACUCUUACGGCUCAGUCAAACAGAGGCGAUGAGGAAACUCUUAAAAGACAAAGAGAACAUCUUCACCCUCGCCUCAUCAGAGACGGAGCAGGAUGCGUCCAGAGAACACGAGGAAUAAGGAACAAAGGCUCCGCCUCUUUCGAACCUUAAGUUCUCUCUAGCGACUCCAGGGACUCGCGUUGCGUCCGUGUGCGUCCUCAGAACCGAGCGUCUUCCUCCACAACCCUUUAUCGAGCUGCACUACUGAGUUCAGAGGUCAAGCGUCCAUUGAUAAAGGUUGAAACCAAAGUGCUGCUGAUCCGUUCGACUUUGUUGUUUUUUAUUUUAUACAGAGGUUUAUUUGAUGAAAGUUGACGGAAAGGAUGGAGAACUCUGAGAUCGUGUCGUAAACGUCGUGUAUAUACGUUCAGAGUUUAGGUGUAGAGUUUAUAUGUUUGUCUGAUGGAUGGAUGCCGUCCAUCAUUUCGGUCAAACAAGUUUUUGAAAUUGUUUCAGUGUUGUCUUUUUCUUGUUUAUGUUAAGCUUUUUAUAUAUUCCUUUCAAAACUGUUGCGCUUAACCUUUUCCUGCCUCCUUUUUUUUUUUCCCUUUAAUCUGCACCAGAUUUCCAACGAUAACGCAACUUCCUCCUGAUCACGAUGUGUUCAUCAUACCCUUUAACCAAUCACUGUUAUCUGACAUCAUCAGUGUGUUUCUUUUUUUUUUUAAACAAACAAACAAUUGCAUAUCUGAGCGUCUCGUUUCAAAGGUUGUUAAAAAUAUUUAGAAAUCAGCAGUAUUUACCGGAUUUAAUCUCAAACGAGAUUGAACUCUAAAGUUUAUUUUCAGAGUGCUUUUUUUUUUUUUAUCUAUUGUGCAUUGCACCCUUCAGAUUAUGAAUAACAUAUUAUUGUUUUUCAUACUCUUAGCUCAAACGUAGCGCAUGAUCUCGGUAUACACUGAUGUCGUUCUCACAUGAUUGGUCAAAGAUUCCGCAAACGUACCAUUUUUGUUUUGGUGGGGAAAAAAAUAAUCACAGACACUGAAGCAUUGAAGCAGAAAAAUUUAUUUAUUGGCUUUUUAGUUUUCCUUUCCAAACAAAAAAUACCUUUGAAGGUUCGUAUGUAAUUGUAGCAGAAGUAACUCUGUAGUGAAUAUUAUUACAGCAGGCUGUACAGGGCUAGCUUUCUGUGUUUCCUAAGAAAUAAAACAUCCAAGUAAGCAAAAGUAACUGACCUGAGGUGUGGCGAGAUCCUUAGCAUCAAUCAGUACCGACACAAACAGGCAUAAAUGUCCAGGUAGUGAAAGACUCGUGUUAUAUUGUUAUCUAAAGCCCCUGACCCAAAAGCAGCAAGUCCUUACACGAUGCUUUUGCUAUGAGCUAUUGCUUUCUUUUUUUUCUUUCUUCUUUUUCUAGGAAAAUCUAUAAUGAUUUUAAAUGAUAGAAGGACAAAAACAGCCCAGCUCUGUCACAUUUUUUUCACCGGGCAACUAUCAAUAAGAAAAAGAAAAAAGACCUGAACAACAGGGACAGUUAAUCUUGUCUUGGGCACCGAGGGUACCGAGGGCACUGCUCCAGAUUUGAUAUUGGAUCCUGGAUAUAUUCUCAUUAUGACAUAGAAGCCGGUCAACUCCAAUAUGUCCAGCAGUGACAUUUCUGUUUCUUAGUGUGAACACACGGUUAGUCUGCGCACUCUUCCUCCAUGUGCCAUACUGUACUGUACGUCUAGCAAGGAAGCAGUGCAGAUAGAAAUCCUAUAAUGUAGGUGUAAGUAUUCAUAAACAGCACAUCCAGAAUAAAAAUCAUGGAAACGAACGACCUUUAAAGGAACACUGGCAUUUUUCAACCUAUCUGUAGUUUGCAUAUGAUUCAAACGAUAAUUAAUAUGAUCAAGAGGACCUGCACCUGUCCUUGUUUAAAGAAUUAGGUACAGUUAUUAAAUAACUAUCCACUUCAUGGCACGAGAUGCGUUCAAGUCAAACCAGGACUUAAUAGUAAAAAAAAUUUUGGUGAAUAAAAGCGUGAGACAUCACUUGCACAUUACAGGAACUCAGUUGAUAGUUAUUGCUAAAUCCCCGGAACAGACCCGACUUCGCU